GGCUUACUUAUCCUCGCUCCAGCAGCACAGGGCUCUCCAGGCAAUCCUUCUGAUGGCCCUCCGGCUCAGGACAGGUUCGUCGUUCAGUUCGUCAAUGCGCCAAGCCACGACAGGCUUCGAACAGAAGGCGAAGGAACUGCGGGAGAGAGGCACACAAUCCAGAGAGGUCACCAAGCUCGUGGGGCUUCCGAACGUUCACGCUUGGAACGCGAUGUGCAAAACCGCCCUGGAGAAGCUCAGGGCAGCUGGAGAGACCGCGAAAGAGCGGCUGGCGAUCGUGGAGAAGCAUUGCGCCGACUCGGUGACGAAGCGCCCCCGCCUUCAGACCUGCCAGAAAGUCGCCGCAGAGGUGCAGUACUCCUACCUGGAGAAAGCCCGCACGCGCGAUGACAUGACAAGAAACUGGUUGUGAACUCCAAGCAGGGCAGCACAAACCAACCAGCUCUUAAAGCACAUCGGUAUGUCGGUUCUGCUCAAACAGCCAGGAGGGGACCAGCUGCG